GGUCCUUCGAGCCGGAUUCGAUCAGCGCCCGAAAUUGCUCAAGAUAAACAAUGGCUCCGCGUAAGCAGAACGCUCAAGUGUUGGAGAGCAGGCGGACUCGAGGCACGCAGUCCUACCGGUGCCGAGUCUGCCGGGGGAUCCACCCUCUAAAGAGGUGCCAGAGGUUCCUCAAGCUGAGCGCGGAGAAGCGGCUACGGGCAGUUCUGGUUAAUAAGUACUGCGCAAAUUGCCUUGCCCACGAGCAUUCGCAAGGGGACUGCCGUAGCGGUGACCGGUGCAGAACGUGCGAUGAGGAGCAUCACACGCUGCUCCACAUCACCGAGCCUUCCAAGCCUUCCAAAAGGGGCUCCGCUUCUCAGCAGCGUUCGCGCCGGCAAGAUCCGCCAACUCGCAGAGCGCUUGCUUCUCCACCGCGCUCAGCCUCCUCGACACCAGAGCCCUCGACUCGCGCAGCGCGCGCUGCUCCGACGUUGGCAACCCUCCUUCAACACCACGUCGUCAACGUCCUUCCAACGGUUUUGGUCACCCUGGAGGCGGGUCCGAAGAUCGUGGACACCGUGGCUCUCAUAGACCCCUGCUCGCCUCAAAGCUGCAUCGACGCCACCCUGGCGUCCAGCCUUCGUCUGCCGACCACCAAUGUCGGAAAAGAGAGGGUGUGCACGGCGAUCCUCCGAUCGAAGGUCGUCGAGGGAGCUGCCACCUCAAUUGAGCAGCUGAUUCGUGUCAAUCGAGGUAUCGAACAGUAUUCGCGACCAAUAUACGCGCGGGAAAUUCAAACGUUCCACACAUAG